AUGAAUACUUUAGCAAAAAACAUUGUUUCCUUAAUUGGGUCUGGCCAUCCAUUGUUGAACAGGGUCUCUGGAUACUACUUUGAAGCGGAGGGUAAAAAAGUGAGACCAAUGCUUGUUUUAUUGCUUUCUAGAGCUCUAUCGCAUAUUCCAAUCGAAGAAAGAGACCGCAUUAAGGUGGAUUAUUCAGAUGUCCCUGAAGAUCCAGUAUACUCGAAGAUUCCCCAAUCAAGACUGUUUGAGAAUGUUCCUGCUAGCAUAUCUCCAUUGCAUAUAUUGCAUGGUAUAAAACCGUUAAAUCCAUUAACAAAAGGCCCCGAACCAUUGCCUCAAGAAUUUGACAAAGAAAGGGGUAUUUUGCCAAAGCAGAGAAGACUUGCGGAAAUUGUAGAGAUGAUUCAUACGGCAUCCCUUUUGCAUGAUGAUGUGAUUGAUCAUUCUGAUACAAGACGGGGGAGACCUAGUGGCAAUAUCGCUUUCUCAAAUAAGAUGGCCGUAUUGGCGGGUGAUUUUAUGUUGGGUAGAGCAACUGUAUCAAUUUCUAGGUUGAGAAAUCCAGAGGUUGUUGAAUUGGUAUCUAACAGUAUUGCAAAUUUGGUGGAAGGUGAAUUUAUGCAGUUGAAAAAUACAGCCAUUGAUAACGACCACUUUACGUUGAACAAUGGGAAACAACAAUUGCCCCCUCCACCAGUCAAAUUUGAACUAAAAGAACAUGACUACAGAGUUGCAACGACAGAAAAUAAUGGUGCCGCAUUGUCGCAUGAUCAAUUGGUUGACAUGGCUUUCGAAUAUUAUCUGCAUAAAACUUAUUUAAAAACUGCUGCCCUUAUUUCUAAAUCUUGCAGAGCCGCUGCCGUUUUAUCUGGUGCCAGAGAUCCAGUUAUCGAAGAGUGCUACGAAUUUGGUAAAAAUCUAGGUAUUUGCUUCCAACUUGUUGACGACAUGCUAGAUUUCACCGUUUCAGCUAAGGAUUUAGGUAAACCAGCUGGUGCUGAUUUGGAAUUAGGUAUUGCUACAGCUCCUGUACUCUACGCAUGGAGAGAAGACCCAUCACUUGGACCACUAAUUAAAAGAAACUUCAGCCAACCUGGAGACGUUGAGAAGGCUGCAUUAGCUGUCCAGAAAUACGACGGUGUGAAGAAAACCCAGGAAUUAGCUAAGGUUUACUGUAACAAAGCAUUACAAAAUCUACGUAACGGUUUACCAGACAGCGCAUCUCGCUCAGCUUUGGAAUUCUUAACGAACAGUGUUUUAACCAGAAGUAAGUGA